AUGGUGGAUGAAGACGGGCUCAGUCCACAAGAACGGCUCGAAAGGCAUACAGCCCUGCCACACGUCCGCAUCAGUUCUGAGCGCAUGAUAUCAACGGUGGAAUGCGCCAUUCAAAGCAAUGCGAGCGAGGCGCUGGCCCAAGGGAUGACCGGCCGAAAGCACCGCAAGUACAGGGCCAACAAGAAGCUUGAGAAAUCCAAGCUACGCCAGCGACUGCAUGACCUUGAGAACGUAACACAGGGGCUAAUUGAAGAGAGCCGGUCGAGGACAGCCAUGUUGUCCUGGAGAAGCAUCGCCGUGGCGCUCAAGGACAGCCGGGACAUGGCGCAUCGUCGGAAUCGGGUCUUGCGCGCCAAGAUCCACCUCACCAGCCAGUUCUUGCGCGAAGUCGAUGCGUGGUUUCAAGUGCAUGCAUGCGCACUCAAGAGCGGCGUGCAGUCGGACCGAAUGCAGCACAUCGAGCACACUCAGUUUCGUCGCUUGAGCGUAAAGAUUUCCCAAUUUAUCCACAUUUGCAUGAAAGACGAGGUCGAGAACGACUGACAAGCGACUUUGCGCGGUAGUCGUGCCAACGCUUUUCGAGUGCGAUUUGUUGGAAGGGCGACUCGAUUCCCACGUGUUAGAUCCAUCACAGGAUAAAUCUCCAAACACUUUACCUUUCGA